AUGGCGUCUACGUCAACAACACGUUUUGCUGCUGACUACGCUAAGAGAGUAGCCGGAUGCAAGAAAUGUAAACUUCAGCUAGUAAAAGGCGAUAUGCGCCUUGCAAAAAUCAUUCCGAAUCCGUUCAUACAAAAACCGGAUGGUGGGCCACCUCCGGACAUGAAGCAAUAUUACCAUCCUCAUUGCUUGUUUGAGAUGUUCUUCAAAGCUCGUGCCAAUACCAAAGUUAUCGAGGGAACUGAUGACAUCGAAGGUUGGGAUGGUCUGAAAGAUGAGGAUAAAGAUGUUGUACUGAAGUUUAUCGACGAGCUGACAGAACUCAGAGCGAAGAAGGGUGAGGGUAAGCCUACUCCGAAGAAAAAGGCAGCUGAUACGUCUUCACCAGCAAAGGCUCCCUCAGCGUCGAAGAAGACGGAAAGUAAGGAAACGAAGGAGUCUCCGAAGAAGUCGAAGGAUAAAGCUAAGGAGAAGUCAGAAAGCAGCAAGAAUUCGAAGGAAAAGAAAAAGGAGAAGGACGAAAAAAAUCCUGAUGAACCAAAUGAGGAGUCCAAGUACAACUCGUUCAACAAGUUCGCAAAAUUAUGCGAAGUUAUCGCCACUAUGGCCAAGUACUCGGAUAAAUCUGCAGCAGUGAAGAUGUUUGUUUCAAGAGAUGACUAUGAUGGUGACAUGCUCACUCUGGUGCGAUUACUGCUACCAGGUGUAGAUCAAAGGGUCUACAAUAUCAAGGAGAAGCAAAUUAUCAAACAUUUUGCAUCGAUAUUUGAUCUACCAGCUGAAGACCUCAUGAAUGAGUACAAAAACAAUGGAGAUGUAUCCAAGACCGUUCGCGAUGCCAUGGAAAAGAAUAAUCUGAGCAGAGUGACAAAAGGAAAUUGGAGCAUUGAAAAGGUUGAUCGCUGGCUGAAUAAACUUACCGAAUUGACCAAGGACGAUGAGCAGAUUGCGCAUCUCAAAUUUGCUGCUAAGAGGAUGACUCCGUUAGAACUGCAAUACCUUUUGCGCCUUGUUAUGAAAGAUCUCCGCAUCAACGCUGGUGUCAAGCAUAUCCUUGAUGGAUUGAACUCCUUUGCAUAUGAAGCCUUCCAGAAUUGUCGCGAUCUGGCUGAGAUCGUCGAUAGAGCCAAGAAAGGUCAGUUGGGUGAUAUAGCCAUUACAAUGGAAGUUGGUAUUCGGCUCGGAACCCCAGUGUUGCCUAUGCUGGCUGAGCCUUGCAAAUCAGUUGAUCAGGCUAUGAAAAAAUGCCUCAAUGGAAUGUUUGCUGAAAUUAAGUACGAUGGUGAGCGAGUGCAGGUUCAUAAAGUUGGUAAAUCGUACUCGUUCUUCUCUCGAAGCCUCAAGCCUGUACAACAUCAUAAGAUCUCCCAUCUCGAACAGGUCAUCCCACAAGCUUUCCCAGCUGGUCUGGAUCUGAUCCUCGACGCUGAGGUGCUCCUUGUUGACAACGCGACUGGCAAACCACUGCCAUUUGGCACUUUGGGUGUGCAUAAGAAAGAACAGUUCAAAGAUGCGUCUGUCUGCAUUUUCAUUUUCGACAUUCUCAGAUAUAACGAUGAGGAUCUGAUGUCAAAGACUUUGGCUGAAAGAAAAAUGCUCCUCGAAUCAAAAAUGACAGAAGUAGAAAAUCGAGUGAUGAUGUCCAAUUAUCAACUUAUCCGUCAUGGGGAUCAUGCAACCCUCAAAACCAUGAUCUGGAAAGCCAUAGAUGAGGGCCUAGAAGGACUUGUUCUGAAAGACACCAGAUCAGUCUAUGAGCCCGGAAAACGGCACUGGCUUAAAGUCAAAAAAGACUAUCUGGAAGAGGGUAAAAUGGCAGAUACCGCAGAUUUGAUAGUACUGGGUGCCUAUUUUGGCACCGGCAGCAAAGGUGGGAUGAUGUCUGUGUUCUUGAUGGGUGUAUACGAUAAAGAGACAAAAUCCUAUCGCACUGUUACGAAAUGUGGCAAUGGACAUACAGAUGAUGCCCUCGAUGCUAUAAAUAAGAAGAUGAAAGACAAGAUGACAAGGAUUGAUCGAGAUUUUGAUCGGCUGCCAAAAUGGUUGCGUUGUUCACGCAGUCUUGUGCCGGACUUUGUCGUGAAGGAUCCGAAAGAAGCGCCUGUCUGGGAAAUCACAGGUGCUGAAUUUUCAAAAUCCGAAAAUCACACGGCCGGAGGCAUCUCUAUCCGCUUUCCACGUGUAACUCGUAUCAGAGACGACAAAGACUGGGAAUCUGCUACAAGUCUGGCCGAGCUGAAGAAGCUCUUUGAAACCUCAAAGACAAAGAGUGACAUAGAUCGCACCAAAGAAGAUGAAACACCACUAUACGUCAAAGAGGGCAUGGAACAUGGAAAUAUAGAAGAAAUCGCUGAAGAAGAGGCUGCUGCAGUUAAUACAAGCACUGAGAGUUCGAGCACGAAUACUAGUGCAAAUGGGAGAAAACGUAGCGCUGAAGAUGAAGUGGAAGAAAAAGAUGUGAAAAAGGCAAAGAAAGCAAAAGAGGAAGUCAAGGAAGAAGAAAAGGGAGAGAAGGAUGCGAGAAAGACGAGAAAGGCAAAAAAGGACGUCAAAAAAGAAGAAGACGACGAAGAAGAAGAAGUGGAGGAGGAAGAGGAGGAAGAGAAAUGCCCUCCUGGGAUGACUGCUUGCAAAUACGGAGCUGAUUGCUACAGGAGGAACAAGGAGCACAAAAAGGAGUUUUGGCAUCUAAAAAAGAAGUGA